ACCCAAUAAUCGCUGAGGUUGAUCUCUAUCCACAAAGUCUGAUCAGUCUCUCUCUCUUGAGUGUCACCAACAACAAUCUCUUAAAAACACCUUCAUGGGAUAUCAAUGUCGAAUUCUCUUCUCCUCCUCCUCUUAAUCCUUCUCCGAUCACCAAUCACCGGUCUUCACAUCCUCCUCGUCUUUCUUCACUCCCUCUUAUAACUCUUUCCCUUUUGCACUCUUCCUCCUUCGAUUACAAAUCGAGAUUUUCGUGAUGGCAUCGGUUUUCUUGUAUCACGUGGUGGGAGAUCUAACGGUGGGGAAGCCAGAGAUGGUGGAGUUUUACGAGACGGAGUCGGUGGAAUCGGCGAUUCGAGCUAUCGGAGAAUCGACGGAGUGUGGGAUUCCGGUUUGGAGGAAGAGAUCAACGCCGUCGAUUCCUGGGUUCGUGGAGAAUAGCGAGAUGAGACAACAUAGAUUCGUUGGGAUUUUGAAUUCUCUCGAUAUCGUUGCUUUCUUAGCUAAGAGCGAGUGUUUGCAAGAAGAAAAGGCUAUGAAGAUCCCUGUCUCUGAGGUUGUUUGCCCUAACAACACUCUCCUCAAACAAGUUGAUCCUGGGACAAGGUUGAUAGAUGCUUUGGAAAUGAUGAAACAAGGAGUGAGACGACUUCUGGUUCCGAAAAGCGUUGUCUGGAGAGGUAUGAGCAAGCGAUUCUCCAUUCUUUACAACGGAAAAUGGCUGAAGAACAGUGAAAACUCCAGCAGUAGUAGUCUCACUGCUGACUCCACCAACAGGCCUGCUACUUCCAAGGCUUCAAGCCGGGACAAGUUUUGCUGUCUCUCAAGAGAAGACGUGAUUCGCUUCCUUAUAGGUGUCCUUGGAGCAUUAGCUCCUUUACCGCUCACAUCAAUCUCCUCUCUUGAUAUCAUCAAUCUAAACUAUAACUUCAUUGAAGCCUCUUGUCCGGCCAUCGAAGCCACCAGAAGGCCACCGUGUGAUCCUAGUGCCAUCGCUGUGUUGGAACAAACCGAAAACGAACAACAGUUCAAGAUAAUAGGAGAAAUCUCAGCUUCAAAGCUCUGGAAAUGCGAUUAUCUAGCUGCAGCUUGGGCUCUAGCUAACCUCUACGCAGGACAAUUUGUCAUGGGAGUUGAGGAUAACAUGUCAUCAAGAUCAUUCAGCGACUUCCUCCAAACUUCAUUUGUUGGAGAGCAGAAUGGAACAUCGACAACAAAGGCCAAAAAAUUCAGUAGCAGGAGCAUUGGUUUUAAUCCAACAAGCCCGACGAGGUUGAGCAUUGGUAGGAGCAUGUACAGGGGAAGAAGUGCACCAUUAACUUGCAAAACAUCGAGCUCAUUAGCUGCGGUUAUGGCUCAGAUGCUGUCUCAUAGAGCCACACAUGUUUGGGUUACAGAGGCUGAUUCUGAUGAUGAUGUUCUUGUUGGAGUUGUUGGUUAUGGAGAGAUCUUGACUGCUGUUACUAAACAGCCUUCCGCAUUUGUUCCUUCGAAUCGCUCUUAUGAAGGUUUUGGUAAUGAUAAUCAAAACUAAGAUUACAAAUCAAAAAGGAUAACAAUUUCUUUGUCUGUUUUCAAUUUGUACUAUUCAAUUUAGUAUCAAAGCUCAUAUAAGCAAAAAUAAAUGAGCUAUUUUUUUUCUGACAGUCAAAGAUGUUUCUCAAUCAGUACCAUGUGAACUGUUGUUUGGAAAAUAUGCUUCAUAU